AUGAAAUUAUCUACUAUUGUAUUUUUUUUUCUUUUUGUAUUUAUUAUAAAUUUUAUAAAGUGUGAAUCCAAUAAAAAUGGGGAAUCAAAUACAUGUGAAGAAGAAAAAAAUUUAAUUCUUCAAAAAAUGAAAUUAACUGAAGAAAAAUUGAAUAAAUGUAUGGAAAAUAGUAAAAAAAUUAGCGAAAUUCAAUUACAAUUAAAUAAUUGCAAGGAAAACGAAACAAAAUGCAAUAAACAGUUGAAAGCUAGCGAUACGAAAUGUAAUGAAGAAUUAAGUAAGAAAAAAAGAGAAAUGAAUGAAUUAAAGGAUAAAAUAAGUAAUUUAGAAAAUAAAAUUAUGAAUGUAGAAGAAAAUGGAGAAAAUAAAAAAGAUACCUACAAAAGUAGGGGUAAUAAGGAAGAUAAUUACAUAAUAUCUUAUGAUAUAUUUAAAAGUUAUCUUUUUAAAAUUUAUAAAAUAUAUAAAACUUUUUAUAUAAUAUUAGUUGAAAAAACAUAUAUUUCAAAUAUGAAAAGUAAAAUAUCUGAUUAUAAAGAUUUAUUUAUAAAAGUUAUCAAGAUAUAUAGUCUUAUAAUUCGUGGAAAGUUACAUACAUAUAAUAAGUUAUUAUUAGAGAAUAAUCAUAUGAAAAAUUUUAUGAUAAUUCUAAAAAAUAUUCAGGCAAAUCAAUAUAUAGCUUUAUUAAAAAAAAAAACUACAGAAAUUACAUUAACAACAAAAAACAUUUUAAUGAAUAUCCUAAUUCAAACAAAACCCAAAUUAGAAUUAUAUAAAAGUAAUAUUAAUGAAAAUAUACAAAUUUUUUUAGGAAAAUUACAAAGUAAUUCAGAAUCUUUGUUAGAUCAUUUAUAUUCUAUAAAUCCAGAUAUAAAGGGAAUAAUACCAGUAAAAUUAUAUGAUCAAAUUAUUUUAUUAAUAUUCUUUACUAUAGUUAAUGUUAUACAUUUGUAUAUCUUCUUUUAUUUCUUCUUUGUAAUAUUUAAAUUUAUUAAAAAAACAAUUUAUUUAUUAUUGAGAUGGACAAUUUUUAUUAUUACUUUUAUUUUAAAAAUAUUCUUUUUUUUCAUAACUCUUCCAAUAAGGCCAUUUAUGAAAAAAAAAAAAAAUAAAAAUAGAAAAGCAUAUAAGAAACAUGAUGAAAAUAUUUAUAGUAACCCAGAAAGAACUACAUAUCAGCAAAAUGAAUUCAAAAGAAUGAAUAAAAAUCAACAUAUAAAGCAGAGAAAAUAUUGA